ACCAAAUCCUUGCUUUCAUCGGAGCUCAGUUCAGUUUAGUUCUUCCCUCAAAAAUGGCGGAUGGUAAUUGAUUGAAGCCUUGCAAGUUACGCGUGUGUUUUGAGGCUUUGAACUUCUUUUGUUGAGAUUUUUUGAAUGGUUAUGGUGGCGGUGUCGCUCGGUGGCUGUACGUUUUUUAUUUUUUCUUAGUGGAUAUUUCUACGGCGGUUGCGGUUGAGUUUUUUUUUUUUUUUUGGUCGACGACGAGGAAGUUAAAUGGCGGUGCGAGGUGUUUUGAUUGUUCAGUUGAUGAGUUUGACUCUGACGAUUCAUCUAUUGGCUGUCCCUGGGGAGUUGUUCAAGCCUUUUAACGUGAGCUACGAUCAUAGGGCUCUGAUCAUCGAUGGAAAGCGCCGCAUGCUUAUCUCUGCUGGUGUUCACUAUCCUCGCGCUACUCCGGAGAUGUGGCCUGAUAUAAUUGAGAAGAGCAAGGAAGGUGGGGCGGAUGUCAUUCAGAGUUACGUGUUUUGGAAUGGGCAUGAACCAACAAAGGGACAGUAUAACUUUGAUGGCAGAUAUGACCUCGUUAAAUUUAUAAGGCUGGUAGGAUCCAGUGGCCUCUACCUUCAUUUACGCAUUGGACCGUACGUGUGUGCAGAGUGGAAUUUUGGGGGUUUUCCUUUGUGGUUGCGAGAUGUACCUGGAAUUGAAUUUCGAACAGACAAUGCUCCUUUCAAGGAGGAGAUGCAGCGAUUUGUCAAAAAGAUAGUAGAUCUUUUGCGCGAUAAAAAGCUAUUUUGUUGGCAAGGUGGUCCUGUCAUCAUGUUGCAGGUUGAAAAUGAAUAUGGAAAUAUUGAAAGCUCGUAUGGAAAGAGAGGACAAGAGUAUAUUAAAUGGGUUGCCAACAUGGCUCUAGGCCUUGGUGCUGAGGUUCCAUGGGUUAUGUGCCAGCAGAAGGAUGCUCCAUCAACCAUUAUAAAUUCAUGCAAUGGUUACUAUUGUGAUGGAUUUAAGGCAAAUUCUCCAAGCAAACCCAUAUUUUGGACAGAAAAUUGGGAUGGAUGGUUUUCAUCAUGGGGUGAGAGGCUACCCCAUAGACCAGUUGAAGAUCUUGCAUUCUCUGUUGCCCGCUUCUUCCAACGUGAAGGGAGCUUUCAGAAUUAUUAUAUGUACUUUGGUGGAACAAAUUUUGGCCGUACUGCUGGAGGCCCAUUUUAUAUUACUAGCUAUGAUUACGACUCUCCAAUUGAUGAGUAUGGUUUGAUAAGGGAACCCAAAUGGGGGCACUUGAAGGAUCUGCAUACUGCAUUAAAGCUUUGUGAACCUGCUUUGGUGUCUGCUGACUCACCCCAGUAUAUUAAGUUGGGACCCAAGCAGGAGGCACAUGUAUACCAUAUGAAAUCUCAAACUGAUGAUCUAAAACUUUCGGAGCUUGAAACUCUAAGAAACUGUUCUGCCUUUCUUGCAAACAUUGACGAACGUAAAGCAGUUGCUGUAAAAUUUAAUGGGCAAACUUAUAACUUACCACCUUGGUCUGUUAGUAUUUUACCAGACUGCCAGAACGUAGUGUUCAACACUGCGAAGGUUGCAGCACAGACUUCCAUCAAGAUAUUGGAGUUGUCUGCACCCCUUUCUGCUAACGUUUCUUUGAAAUUACAUCCUGCGGAUCAGAAUGAACUUUCGAUAAUUGCUAAUUCUUGGAUGACGGUAAAAGAACCCAUCGGCAUUUGGAGUGAUCAAAAUUUUACUGUCAAGGGUAUACUGGAGCAUUUAAAUGUUACAAAGGAUCGUUCUGAUUACCUUUGGUAUCUGACCAGGAUACAUGUUUCCAAUGAUGAUAUCAAAUUUUGGAAAGAAAGAAACAUAAGCCCUACAGUUAUGAUUGAUAGCGUUCGCGAUGUGUUCCGUGUGUUUGUUAAUGGGAAAAUUGCAGGCAGUGCAAUUGGUCAAUGGGUGAAGUUUGUCCAGCCUGUUCAAUUUCUUGAAGGAUACAAUGAUUUGCUCUUGCUAUCUCAAGCAAUGGGUUUACAGAAUUCUGGUGCCUUCAUUGAGAAAGACGGGGCAGGUAUUAGAGGUCGUAUAAAGCUCACUGGAUUCAAAAAUGGAGAUAUCGAUCUCUCUGAGUCCUUAUGGACUUAUCAGGUUGGGCUCAAGGGUGAAUUCUUGAAUUUCUAUUCUUUAGAAGAAAAUGAGAAGGCCGAUUGGACCAAAUUGUCAGUUGAUGCUAUUCCUUCAACAUUCACCUGGUACAAGGCGUACUUCAGUUCACCUGAUGGAACCGAUCCUGUCGCUAUUAAUCUAGGAAGCAUGGGGAAGGGGCAGGCUUGGGUUAAUGGUCAUCAUAUAGGUAGAUACUGGAGUGCGGUUUCCCCAAAAGAUGGCUGUGCCAAAUGUGACUAUCGUGGUGCUUAUAAUUCGGGAAAGUGUGUAACAAAUUGCGGGAGGCCAACACAAAGCUGGUAUCAUAUUCCACGCUCAUGGUUAAAGGAAUCAAGCAAUUUACUAGUUCUCUUCGAGGAAACGGGAGGAAAUCCGCUUGAGAUUGUAGUCAAGUUGUAUUCAACUGGAGUCAUCUGUGGUCAAGUCUCAGAGUCUCACUAUCCACCUCUUAGGAAAUUGUCUAAUGAUUAUAUAUCUGAUGGAGAAACUCUCUCAAACCGUGCAAACCCAGAGAUGUUCUUGCAUUGUGACGAUGGACAUGUAAUCUCCUCGCUCGAAUUUGCUAGCUAUGGAACUCCUCAAGGAAGUUGCAACAAGUUCUCUAGAGGUCGCUGUCAUGCAACCAAUUCUCUGUCUGUUGUUUCACAGGCUUGUUUAGGGAAAAAUAGUUGCACAGUUGAGGUUUCAAAUUCUGCAUUUGGAGGUGAUCCAUGUCAUAGCAUUGUGAAGACCCUCGCUGUCGAGGCUCGGUGUAGCUCGACGUCAAGUAUCCAUUUCUCUGUUUGACAUGAAAACAACUAAUCCUCCAUUUUCUAUCUGUAAGUAUGCUGUGUAUUUACUAUUAUCUUAAAUCAUCGUCGUCGAUUCCAUUGUAAAUCUGUCGUUUUAUUUCUAGUUUUGGUCUUGACUGUACUUUUACGAAUGAAAUGACAUUCUAAUGUACUUGAGAAAAAAAAUUAGUAAAAUAGAGGAGUUCCAAAAUUAUUUAGAAGAA